GUGCACUGGCACUACACACAGAGCUUUUCAGUGAGCUCGGGACACACCACAACAACGCAAUGAUAGAAGAAGAAGAAGAAGUGGCCUAGUGGAGCCAGAGGACUGACAGAGUUUCCUUUUUGGAAGAAUGAAUGUUCCUCUUUCCCUUUUUACCUUUGCUCUGCUGCAGUUGAUUAGCGCCGCUGUGGUCGCCGUCUCCACCGCCGUAGUCGCUGGAUCCCUCGGACACGGUUCCUUGGAAGACCAACUUCUGGAAGCGGGUACAGUCAGUGGUUCCGGACGCAGGACUUGCAGACUGUACUGUCGGGUUGGCAUUGGUUUUCAUCUUCAGAUACACACUGACGGACGAGUUAACGGCAGUCAUGAACCCAAUCGGUUAAGUGUCCUGGAGCUCUUUGCUGUAUCUCAGGGUGUCAUCGGUAUCCGAGGAGUCUACAGUAACAAAUUCCUUUCCAUGAACAAGAGAGGAAGGCUUCACGCCGUGGAGCGGUUCACGGACGACUGUAGAUUCCGGGAGCGUUUCCAAGAGAACAGUUACAACACGUACGCCUCGGUGUUGCACCGGAACCACCGGACGGGACGGGACUGGUACGUGGCCCUGAACAAGAGAGGCAAAGCCAAGAUGGGCUCCAGCCCCAGGGUCAAAUCACAGCACGUCGCCACGCACUUCCUCCCCAGGCUCAACCUGCACGACCUGCAGAGCGAACGAGGCUUCACCAUCACAGACAGGAGUAAAGAGAGGAGGAAAAGCCUCCCGGUGGCACCUCAGCCGCCCUCGCAGCCGAAGAUGAACCUUAAUACAGGAACAGGGAAGAGGGUGCAGACUGUCAAGUACUGGCCAAAGUUUCGGUUUGGAUAG